AUGUCGUCCUCUGGUUCAAUGCAUUCCCCUAAGAUGGAUAGCCGCUUCAGCACUCCAGCCCCAGAGCUGGAUGAUCAUCGCGGCAACCUGGGAGUCCUUCCAGCGUGCAAUUCCCUCGAUGUGCCCGCUGUUGAAGUCCAGCUUGCAACCCCCAAACCAAGCGGUGUUGACGAGCGAGAGCUGGGGGCCGUUGAUGCGACCCUUCUUACCGCACCGCUUGAUCAAGAGCAGAACCUCAUCGCUCGGGACUUUGAAAACGCCGUUAUCGAUGGGGAGAGCGAUGGAGAGGAUGCUCCACAGGGGAGUGGUCGACGAACAUCUGUGCGUGCUAGAAGAUAUACCAACCGCGAUGGACGCCAACGUAUCCCACGACAUGAUCGUUCACGCGACAGCUCAUCUUCUCGUUCCACCUCACCGGCCAACUCUGUUGAGGCUUUCGCUGAGCCACGUCGACGGCAGCGCGCCAAUACCGCCGAAAGCCAUUCAUCCUCGGUUCUCGAGAAUAUCCGCAACCGAACUCAAUCAGGUGGCACCGCUCAAAGACGCCCGACGCUAAGCAACAUCAGUGUUCCACUCGCCCUUACACACCGAACCGACCGGGAUGUCAAUGACGACGUCACCUUCCCAACCGACGAGGAGCCCGGAAAGACCUACAAAAUCGAUUUUGAGGAGUUGGAGGAGUUUGUAGUCUUGAGUGCACAAGGGAAGAUAUCGGAUGAUCUUGGAACCCGCAGUCCCAACGACGCCCGAGUCUUCGGUGAUCUUCGAAAGCAUGAUGACCACGAUGAACCGCCAAACGCCAUUCUCAACGGCGACAAUUUCUACGAAAAGCCAAUGGUCCAUUAUGACAUCAGCAAUACUCAAACAUCGUCGUCUGAUGAAAAGAUCUCUUUGAAAGAAAAGCAUGUUCCCGCCAAGCCCACUGAACGAUUCUUCUUGUUUACAUCCGAGCUGCCUCAAGGUCAAAGUGCGACCAAGUUGGGUGAUUUCGUCGCAGAUGGCACUACAUUCAGGGAUCUCUUUGAUGUUGGACCGGAUGGUGGUGUCUGGUGGCUAGAUUGCCUCAACCCUACCAAGGCCGAACUGGAGGUCAUUGCCAAAGCAUUCAAGAUCCAUCGUCUCACCCGCGAAGAUAUCGAAACCCAAGAAGCCCGUGAGAAAGUCGAGAUAUUCUCCCAAUACUACUUUGUCUGCUUCCGCUCUUUCAUCAUGGAUAAGUCCGACGAGGACUUCCUGGACCCGAUUCACGUCUACAUCGUCGUCUGUGGCGAUGGGGUUCUGAGCUUCAGCUACACCCCAAAUCCACACGCACGAAACGUACGCAAGCGAAUUGCCAAACUCGGCGACUUCUUGUCCUUGGGACCAGACUACAUCUGCUACGCCAUGAUCGACGACAUUGUCGACUCUUUUGCACCGAUCAUCCGGGACGCAGAGCAAGAAUCCGAGAACAUCGAAGACCAAGUGUUCAUUGCGAGGGAAGACGACUUUCUAGCUCUGCUACGUCAGAUCGGCGAGUGCCGCAAGCGCGUUCUUAAUAUGAUGCGUCUUUUGGGUGGUAAGGCAGAUGUUAUCAAGGGCUUUGCGAAACGUUGCAACGAUUUGAACGAGAUGACCCCUCGCGCAGAUAUCGGCCUGUAUUUGGGUGACAUUCAGGACCACGUCGUGACUAUGAUGUCGAACUUGAUUCACGUGGAGAAGAUGCUCUCGCGCUCCCACGCCAACUACCUCGCGCAGCUGAAUGUCGACAACAUCCUCAAAGGGAACCACACCAACAAGGCCCUUGCCAAAAUCACUGUUGUCGCCACCAUCCUCGUCCCCUUGAAUCUUGUUACCGGUCUGUUCGGCAUGAACGUCAACGUACCCGGCGGGGAUACCGAAGGUCUAUAUUGGUUCUUUGGUAUCCUAGGCGUCAUCUUUCUGUUUGUCGCGCUCGCUUUGCUUGUAGCAAGGAGGCUGAAGGCCAUUUGA